AGGCUUUCUUGAAACCAAACUCUCUCCAAGAACAGCCCAACCUUUCCUUUAUAUUCUUUGCUCCUGAAAAUACUUACAUUAUUAAACUUUUUCAAAAGAUAGGUAUCUUCUUUCCAGCGCUGCUGAAGAUGUCAAAGACUGACAAUAACGAUGCUCCAUGGCACCGUCUCGAGCGCGAUUCCACUCCAGGGAAGGCAGCAGUGCUUGCCAUUGGCAAGGCCUUUCCGGGUCAACUCAUUCCUCAAGAAUACUUGGUGCAGGGCUACAUACGUGAUACAAAAUGCCAAGAUGUCACCAUCAAAGAGAAACUGGAACGUUUAUGUAAAACGACUACAGUGAAGACUAGGUACACAGUGAUGUGCAAGGAGGUUUUAGAUGAAUACCCGGAAUUGGCAACCGAGGGUUCACCAACAAUCAAACAAAGGCUUGAAAUAGCAAACCCGGCAGUUGUUGAGAUGGCAUUGCAAGCAAGCCUAGCUUGCAUAAAGGAAUGGGGGAGGCCUGCUACUGAUAUCACCCAUGUCAUAUAUGUUUCUUCCAGUGAAAUACGUUUACCCGGGGGUGAUCUUUACCUUGCUAGCGAACUUGGCUUAAGAAAUGAUGUUAAUCGGGUAAUGCUUUACUUUCUUGGUUGUUACGGUGGUGCCACUGGCCUUCGAGUAGCUAAAGACAUAGCUGAAAACAAUCCAGGAAGUCGGAUUCUACUAACUACCUCAGAAACUACCAUCCUUGGUUUUCGACCUCCAAACAAAGCACGGCCUUAUGAUCUUGUGGGUGCAGCACUUUUUGGGGAUGGAGCAGCAGCAGUGAUCAUCGGAACCAAUCCAGUAACGGGCAAAGAAUCUCCUUUCAUGGAACUCAGCUAUGCAGUCCAACAGUUUCUGCCAGGGACACAACACGUUGUUGAUGGGUGCCUUACUGAAGAAGGCAUAAACUUCAAACUUGGCAGAGACCUUCCGCAAAAGAUCGAAGACAACAUCGAGGCAUUCUGCAGGAGACUCAUGUCAAAGGCUAGUUUGACAGAAUUCAAUGACUUGUUUUGGGCAGUUCAUCCUGGAGGACCGGCAAUACUUAACCGAUUGGAGAACACUCUGAAACUGAAAGAGGGGAAACUAGAAUGUAGCAGGAGAGCAUUGAAGGACUAUGGAAAUGUGAGCAGCAAUACCAUAUUCUAUGUCAUGGAAUACAUGAGGGAAGAGUUGAAGAGAGAGGGAAGGGAAGAAUGGGGCCUUGCCUUGGCAUUUGGUCCUGGAAUUACAUUUGAAGGCAUUCUUCUUCGCAGCCUGUAAUACACAUGCCAUUCAUAU